GCAGCAGCAGGUGUGAGUUGGAGGGCAGCCUGGGUGGAGGGAGGAAGUCCGUGCGUCUCAUGCUGCUGCCGUAAUCGGGGCGGGCCUGCAGUGGUGUACGUGAUCGGGGGCGGUAUAACGAGCCUUGCCGCCAGCCAUUAGUUCCUGUCAGAGAAAGGACGGUACGGGAGGUGAGUGUGCACAUGGCUGCUCUCUGUACGUUUCCCGUGCUGUAGGCGUCCGGGAUUUUCGGUUUCGAUGAAGAUGGAAAGCGCACGGUCUGCGGUUACAAAUUUUUUUGGCAGAGUGCCGUUGACGUAUACCCGCUUCAGUUUGACACCGCAGACCGAUGGAGAUGGCAGUCAAGUGGAGAUGAAAUUAGCAGAUGACGAAGAGUGUGGUGAUCAGACACUGGGAGACCAUCUUGUGCAGCACAGACAAAGAAACAAUGGGUGUAAAAGUUGGUGCUUUAAAAUCCUGGGUGCAGUUCUUCUGUUUUUGAUAGGAUUUCUUAUUGGAUACUUGGUAUACAGAGGGCAUGAGACGUGCCUGUCCACUUCUGCUGCAAUUGGCUCUGAAGUUAAAAUUGAUUCUAAUGACGUGGACAAUGACGUGGAAGGUGAAGAUGAUUUUCAAGUGGAAAGCAAAAUGGAUAAGCCCAGUAUUCUUUAUUGGAGUGAUCUGAAGCCUAUUUUGGAUCGUAAAGUAGAUAAUAUUCUCUUUGAGACCAAAAUUGAAAAUCUGUCAGAGACCACUCGUGAAGCUGGCUCUGCUAAUGAAGAAACUGUGGCUAAAGUCAUGCACGAUGAGUUCACGAAGAUGUCUUUGGAUAAGGUGUGGAAUGAUGAGCAUUACGUCACCUUGCAAGACCCUGGCAGGACCAACAAAAUAACGGUUUGGAAGACAGAUGGUUCAGUAGAUGAAAUCUUUACUCCAACAUCAUAUGUGGCCUACAGUCCUGAAGGCUCUGUUAAUGCUGGCCUUGUGUACUCUCAUUAUGGACGCACAGAAGAUUUUGAUGCUCUUCGUGUCAAGAAGAUUUCUCCAGAUGGUAAACUGGUUCUUGUUCGUUCUGGAUUAAUUCCCAUUUCUGAAAAGGUUAAAAAUGCUGAGCAUGCUAAUGCAGCUGGAGUACUGAUAUAUCCUGAUCCUGCUGAUUUCACCUUCCCUGAUGAUGAAGAUAAAGACAUAGAUUCACCUUUUGGACAUGCUCAUUUUGGUAGUGGUGAUCCCUAUACACCUGGGUUUCCAUCUUUUAAUCAUACACAGUUUCCACCAUCCAGAUCUUCAGGACUCCCUGAGAUUCCAGUUCAAUCUCUUUCUAGCUGGGAUGGAAAGAAGCUCUUGAGGAAACUUUAUAAUCCUGGCUGCCCAGUUGGCUGGAAUAGUUGUGUGCUUGGUGAACAGUAUAAAAACAUUACACUUGAGGUGCACAAUAUUAAUGCUGAGAAGAAAAUUUACAACAUCUUUGGAGUUAUUAAUGGAUUUGAUGAACCAGAUCGCUAUGUUGUGGUUGGUGCUCAGAGAGACUCUUUGGGUGCUGGAGUAGCCAAGGCAGUCGUUGGAUCAUCUGUUCUGCUAGAGGUCGCCCGUGUGUUAUCUGAUAUGAUUAAAAUAGAAGGGUAUAAGCCCAGGCGUAGUAUCGUGUUUGCAAGUUGGAGUGCUGGUGAUUUUGGAUCUGUUGGUGCAACUGAAUGGUUAGAGGGGUACCUUACCACUCUGCAUCUUAAGGCAAUAUCCUACAUCAAUCUGGAUGCUGUUGUUCAAGGUUCUGGAUCAUUUCAAAUGUCUGCCAGCCCACUGAUGUAUAACAUGGUCCAAAAAAUAAUGAACGAGGUAGCUGAUCCUAUUGCAACUGACAAACUCCUAUAUGAACAGUUCUCCCAAGCUAACUCAAGGGAUUGCAUUCCUUGUUUCUCCAUGGAUGAUGCUGCUUACCCCUUUCUUGCAUACUCAGGAAUCCCAUCUGUAUCUUUCAGUUUUCGGAAGGACCAAAAGCCCUACGCAUAUCUUGGCACUUCAAAAGAUACUUUCAAUACUUUCAAGAAGUUGGUUAAUGUGGAUCGUAUGUGCAGGACUGCUGUGAAGUUUGCUGCCCUGAUAGUCCUGCGACUGACGCAUGAUCACAUUCUGCCAUUUGACUACACAAGAUAUGGAGAGGAACUACGUAAAUCUAUCACUGCCCUAAAUACUCAAUGGAUGGCCAUAACGACUAUGAACCUAAACUUGAAAUGGAUCAAUUCUGCUUUGGGUGACUUCAGGAGAGCAGCUAACUCUCUUAAAAGGAGUACUCUUGAAUCAGACCUUGAGAACAUGCCCUUUGUCCGCUCUCUAAAUGAUCGUGCUAUGAAGGUUGAAUAUUCCAUGCUAUCCCCUUAUGUCUCUCCUAAGGAAACUCCGUUUCGUCAUAUUCUCUACGGUGUUGGCAAUCACACGGUUUCAGCAUUAAUGAAGCACCUACUUGUGCUUAGAGAUAGUCCAUCUCUGUUCAAUGAAUCUGUCUUUAAAAACCAGUUGGCUCUUUUUACUUGGAGUUUGCAGGGUGCUGCCAAUGCCUUAGCGGGUGAGAUCUGGGAAAUAAAUAAUGAGUUUUGAAGCUGCACUACCAUCGAGUAAAAGAUUUUACAAAGGCUCCCUCCAACAAGUUGAACCCUUUGUGGCCAGAUUUUCCUUUCUCAUACAGCCCUAGUCCAAAAAUUAUGGGAGGUGUGAGCAGGAGGACCUAUUAUAAGCUGAAAGAUUGCAGAAAAUUAUUGGUUCUCACGCUUAUACCCAACCAAACAAAGUGUAUUUGUCAGUUCUAUGUUACAGCACCAGGAAGAGCCCAGGUGUAGUUACUGAAUGAAGCAAAGUCUGGCUUUGUCUAAUGUUGGUGGCACCUUGGUAAAAUUUUUGGUAUUGCAGUUAUGUAUACACGUCUAAACCUAAGCACUUAAUCAGUCUUUUUUUCCCUAACGUGGGUUUGUUUUUGUUUUUUGUUUUUUUUUGGCAGAAGCAUUGGGUCUCUUCAAUUUGUUUUCGCAGACUUAUUUCAAGAAACCCUGUACAAAAUCUAUGACUGUUUAAAAUGCAGUUAUCCGCCACUUGUUCAGUUGGCUCAUGGUUUCCUUGUGUUGUAUUUUUUAUUGCAAGAAGUGUCUGUACGGAUAUUUGACCUUUUUAGUGUUUGAUAUAACUUUCAAAACUGAAAUAAUUUAAACAGUCUUGUGGCUGUCAGAGCUGAUCUUUGAACUGUAGUAGGUAAUUGAAAUGGAGGCAAUUUCUGAAUAGGUACAUAGUGUAGAGUAGUAUGGGAAAAUGUAUGCCAGCGUAAUACAUGAAGAGUAUGUAUGUAUCCAUCUUUUAAAUCAAAACACUUGUGUAUAGAGUAAUGUCAGCCAUAUUUUUGAAAUAUAGUUUAAUUAUAGAUCUGCAGACAAACCACUUUUGCUAUGGUUCAUCUACUGAGGGGGCUAUAUAUGUUAAACAAUUGUUAUGCAGUGUAUUUACCUAAUAUAAACUUCUUCCUGUAAGUACAUUGGAGGCAUGUCUUUUUGCCUUGGCACAAAACAUUUAUAUGCCAAUGAAACUCAUAUGGUUGGGGAUGUGUGUAUAUCUAUGCCUCACAGCAGCUGUUCAAUAGAUUAUAUAAAUACAAUCUCUCCAGCAAAUUUACAUUAUGUUGACACUAUUGUACAUACUUGACAGUUGAGAGAUUGACCAUUGGGCCUUCUGUCAGUCAUGACUAAGCUACAUAAAAUAUAUAAAACUACUUUUAAGUUAAAAAGAUCUCCUCUGACAUCCUUAGAAAAUCAAUACACAAAUGGUCGUUCUGCACAGACACUGCAUGUGCUAAAUCUAAAAUAUCUGAGUUUUUUUUUUUUUGUUUUUUUUCUCUCCACCUUGCACUUGAAUGGAUUUUAAGAGUAACUGAAUAGGUGAUCCUGGCCCUAGGUUAUUCCACGUUUGUUUUUGUUUUUUUCUAUUGCUGUGAUGAUUGUCUUUUUGCUUUUAAAAGCCAGUAAUGCUGCUGAUGUUGUGCAUGUCCAAAACUUGGUGCUUACUGUAUAAAAUUAUCAGGUUACCUAAGUACUUUCAAGAUGCUUGUGGGGCAAGCGCUUCUCUUUUAUAUGGCUGAGGACCCAAUUUUUUUUUUUCUCCUUGUUUAAUUUAUUCUUUUUGCGGUACUUUUCGUGCUCUACUAUUGGCUGCCUGCUCCAGAUGUGACUUUUACAACUGGAUAUUAAAUCGGUCUACUUUUUCACAUUAGAGUCCUGUUAUUUUAAAUGGCAUCUAACCCUGCAGAGCAGGAUUUGUGAGAAUUUAAAGGUGGAUUGAUUUAUUUUUUAAAAACUAGCAGGAAUUCUAGAUUUCUUAAGCACUGAAUUAUUAUUUAUUUAUCAGUGACAGCGAUCACUAUAAAUGGUGUUAAUGUGUUCUGGUAAUUAUCGGAAGCAGUGCCUUCCAUAAUUGACGGUUAUACUGUCGGAAUUUUUUUUACCUAUGAUAAAAAUUAAAAGCAGCAUCUGCUUACCUGACUGAACAUGAUGCUGGAAUUUCUGCUGUUGCACAGUGUGUAACCAACUUCAGAAGCUGUUGUGAUGAAGCCCAUGGUAUAGAAUGUGUGUUUCAGUACAAAUAGUGCAAGAGAAAGUUGUUUGCAGUAAUCUGCAAUCAUACUGUAUGCAGCCUGCAAGAUUGCAGGGUCCAUAGAGGAUAAGCAAUAAAAUGGAAGUAUUACUGACCUUGUAUGGUUGGUUAUGUGAAACCUCUCAACUCACACUGGGACAGAUGUAUUAAGCCUGGAGAAGUGAUAAAGCAGUGAUAAGUGCAAGGUGAUAACGCACCAGCCAAUCCGCUUCAUCACCUUGCACUUAUCACUGCUUUAUCACUUCUCGAGGCUUAAUACAUCUGCCCCUUUGUUUUGUACCGGCGUCCUGCUGUAUUACCAUGGGAUGUGUUUUACUGAACAUGCAUGGUGCUAUGGAUGGUAUUUUGUGGGUGGCUUGUUGAAGCUUUACAGCAGAAUUUCUAGCGACUUUUUAGAUCAUGAAUUUCAGUGGACAUUAUCGGGAGCAGUGUCUUCCAUAAUGGAUAUGUAUAAAACCGGUAGUUUUUGCCUACCACCGUGUUAUAUCGGGGGCAGUGAUCCCUCAUGUUACACUACAGGUGUACUUGAUUAUCGGGAACAGUGUUUCCCAUAAUUGGUUUUACAAUAAAUGUCUUUCUUGCAAUGCUUGAACUUAUCUAAUACUGGUGUACUGUCUGUAUUGUUGUGUCCUUUUAUUGACUUGUAACUAUGUUUAAAAAGGAAAUGUACACUUUGUCUAUGAUGCAAUGUGGCUUUAAAUUACAAAUUAAUUAUACUGACUUGAGAAAUGUGGUGGUGUAUUCCCCCCCCCCCAAUCCCUCCCCCUUGUGGAGACUAGUUUUAAACAAUGUCCACAUAAUGUGUGUAGUCUCAAAUCAUACGUGCAAGCACUUAAUUAACUUGAAUUACAGUACCCUCCUCUGCAUAAGCACUUACCGGAAACAAAUGCGCUUUUCACUUCAUGAACCAUAGGUAUAAUUUACAAAUAAAAUGAAAAUUUAUUUCCUUUUUAAAUGUAAACAAUAUUAAAGUAAUGUGACUUAAGGUGCAUACACACGGAGAGAUUUUGACUGAGAUUUCCCUUGAACUGGCAGUAGGAAAUUUUGACUAACUUUACGAGCGAUUUUGGCUAUGAGCGAUUUUGGCUAACUCAUUCAAGCAAGGGGAUGCUUUUUCUUUUCCAGCGACCUAGCCAAAAUUGACUUGCCUGCACAGUCUAUUUUUAGCAGCGAUAGCGACCUGGCGGGACGCGCAUCGCUAUCGCUGGCUGUGUACACUGAGCGAUAUGCACUAACUUUCCGAGCGAUUUUGACUAUAUAGUCAAAAUCUCUCAGCUAUAUCGCUCCGUGUAUAUGGACCCUUUAGUCACUUGCUUUUCACGAGUACAGGUCUUGUUUCAGCUUGCAUCUUCUUGAAGUGGUAAGCUUCCAAAUGUUUGCCUUUGUUUUUUUUUGUCUUGAAGUUUCAGUGACCAGUAGGGCUGGCAUGUUCCUAAUAGGCCUACACAUUAGGCGAUUUCACUGAAAGAUAUGAAUGCUCAUAUCGUUCAGUGUGUGUGUAGGCACCAAAGAUGAACGAUGCGCUGCCCCUACCCCUGUCGCCCAUUAGCCAUAUCGGCCGUCGGACACCUUGGUGGCAUAUCGCCUAAUAUGAAAGUGAAUGGUAAAACUGAAGCCUUCAGCUAUUGAAACUUUUAUGUAAUCUUUAAAAAUCUCCAAAUCUCUGCAUGCUUCAUGUAUUAAUUGUGGCAUAGAUGCUCUUUCAGUUAUUCCCAAAGUGUAGUUGACUACUGUACCACAGUCAUGAAACCUGGCUGCAUAUACAGAAACCUGGCUGUGCCGACUGUAGGGGAAAUACACAGGAAUUAUGUUCUAGAUCUCCCCCAAAAAAUGGAGGAACACAAGCUUGCAGAAUCAAGUUUACUGGUCCUCCAAAGGUUCAAUUAGGAAACCACUGAAUUUCUUAAUUUUGUUGUUGAUAUGUACAGCGUUAUUACCAGCUUGUUGAGAUUGGAUUUAAUUCACCCUGGCAAGUGAAAAAUAUUGGACUAGCCGUGUAUUUGCCACUCCUUUUUAAACCCCUGUUUUCACAUCCUAUGUCGGCAUUCCUGCACUUUUUUUCCCUGCUUAAAUUUGUAUGGGUCUUUGUGGAAUAAACUGCAGUAUUCUUGCUAUCACAUAUUGAUUAACAUUUCAAUGUUAUGGUGUGAUUCAAUAAAAGGUUUGAACAAAA